AUUCCGCCGUAUUUACAUCCGCCUCUCGAAUCCGCUCUCCGCACCGUCGCCUCCAUCAGAGAGGAAUCGGCGAUUUUCGGUUUGGCCCGGGAAACCUUAAUGUGAUAGUGUUAAUGACCAUGACUGUCGCCGACCGUCACAAGCCUCACGCCGAUGUGAAGUUCUUCAGGCUAUGUUCGAUUUGGCAAUCGGGGAAUACUUCGUCUUCUUCGUUGUCGACUCGGAACAUUCACCAUACUCGAAAUGGACCUAAAGAUAGAAAUUCAACGGCGUCGAAUAACGUGAAGGCUUCAUCGUCUUCCAUGACGGUUUCCUCUGUAGCGAAGUCGCUGUUGCCUCCUCGGCGUAGGCUCCACCUUGAUCCUAACAAUUCUUUAUUCUUUCCUUAUGAACCCGGGAAGCAGGUAAAGAGCGCCAUUAGGAUGAAGAAUACUAGCAGAUCCCAUGUAGCUUUCAAGUUUCAAACUACGGCCCCGAAGAGCUGUUAUAUGCGGCCUCCUGGUGGCAUUCUUGCUCCUGAAGAAAUUUUUAUUGCAACUGUCUUCAGAUUCGUGGAGCACCCCGAGAACAAUGAAAAGCCAAAGGACCAUAAGAGCAAAAUUAAGUUUAAGAUAAUGAGCCUUAAAGUGAAAGGUGGAACAGAAUACGCACCCGAGCUGUUUGAUGAACAGAAGGACCGAGUAAUAGUAGAGAGGAUUUUGCGGGUCAUAUUCGUAGAUCCAGAGCGACCUAGUGCAGCUCUUGAAAGACUGAAACGUCAAUUGGCCGAAGCCGAGGCUGCACUCGAAGCACGCAAGAAGCCUCCAGCAGAAUCAGGUCCUCAGGUUGUUGGUGGUGAAGGUCUUGUGAUAGAUGAAUGGAAAGAACGGAGGGAGAAGUACCUCGCUCGUCAACAAGUCGGCGCAGUAGACUCGGUGUUGAGUUAGAUUUAACUGUUGCACUACACUCUUUUCAAUGGUAAAUCUGUACAGGUAUUAUCAUAGUCAUCUUCAAGCUCUGGAUAUCUGGAAGAUGGAAGGAGUCUUUAGUUGGAAAGUUCGACUGAGAAAAAUAAUCCGAUGUCGAUGUCAUUACUAACGCGAAGAACUUGAUUGAUCGAAAGUCGAACGCUGCUUGUUGUAUAUAAUGAAUUUUGGUUGUAAAAAUAAAUGUACUACUUAUGAUCAUAAGAUAUAUAUAUGUGUGUGGUUUCAUGAUUGGAAUUGGAUUAUAAAUCAUUUUGGAUCCA